AUGGCCGAGCGGGGCCGCUUGGGCCUGGCCGGCGGGCCCGCCGCGCUCAACACGCCGGUGCCCAUGAACCUGUUCGCUACCUGGGAGGUGGACGGCUCCAGCCCCAGCUGCGUGCCCAGGCUGUGCAGCCUGACCUUGAAGAAGCUGGUGGUGUUCAAGGAGCUGGAGAAGGAGCUCAUCUCUGUGGUGAUUGCUGUGAAGAUGCAGGGCUCCAAGCGCAUCCUGCGGUCCCAUGAGAUUGUGCUGCCCCCCAGUGGACAAGUGGAGACCGACCUGGCGCUGACCUUCUCCCUGCAGUACCCCCACUUCCUGAAGAGAGAAGGCAACAAGCUGCAGAUCAUGUUGCAGCGGAGGAAGCGCUAUAAGAACCGAACCAUCCUGGGCUACAAGACGCUGGCUGCAGGAGCCAUCCACAUGGCCGAGGUAAUGCAGCGACCCCCCGAGGGUGGCCAGGUGCUGAGCCUCUGCAGCAGCGUCAAGGAGGCCUCCGCCAAGGUGGCCGAGAUCUGGAUCUUCUCCCUGUCCAGCCAGCCCAUCGACCACGAGGACAGCGCCAUGCAGGCCGGCCCCAAGGCCAAGCCCACGGACAACUACUCGGAGGAGGAGUACGAGAGCUUCUCCUCUGAGCAGGAGGCCAGUGACGACGCCGCGCACGGGCAGGACCUGGACGAGGAUGACUUCGAUGUAGGGAAGCCCAAGAAGCAGCGGCGAUCGAUAGUAAGAACGACGUCCAUGACCAGGCAACAGAAUUUCAAGCAGAAGGUCGUGGCGCUGCUGCGGAGGUUCCGCGUGUCCGAGGAGGUCCUAGACUCGGAGCAGGACCCUGCAGAGCAUGUCCCCGAGGUGGAAGAGGACCUGGACCUCCUGUAUGACACACUGGACAUGGAGCACCCCAGUGACAGUGGCCCGGACAUGGAGGACGACGACAGUGUUCUGAGCACUCCUAAGCCCAAGCUCAGGCCCUACUUCGAAGGCCUGUCACACUCCAGCUCGCAGACGGAGAUUGGGAGCAUCCACAGCGCCCGCAGCCAGAAGGAGCCUCCGAGUCCGGCCGACGUGCCCGAGAAGACGCGGGUCCAGGGUGGCAAGCAGCCAAGCGACAGUGUCUCUGACUCGGCGUCCCACCGGUGCAUGCUCACCCCCGGGGAGCAGCCAGCACAGCCUGAGGACAGCCCGGAGGCGGAGACUUCCACCCUGGGCUUGUUCACUGAGAAGCUGCCUCCCAGCGGGCGCAUCACCAAGACCGAAUCUCUCGUCAUCCCCUCCACCAGGUCUGAGGGGAAGCAGGCCGGUCGCCGGGGCCGGAGUACAUCCCUGAAGGAGCGGCAGCCGGCAAGGCCACAGAAUGAGCGAGCCAACAGCCUGGACAACGAGCGCUGCCCAGACACGCGGAGCCAGCUGCAGAUCCCCAGGAAGACCGUGUAUGACCAGCUAAACCACAUCCUCAUCUCCGACGACCAGCUGCCCGAGAACAUCAUCCUCGUCAACACCGCUGACUGGCAGGGGCAGUUCCUGUCGGACGUCCUGCAGCGGCACACAUUGCCCGUGGUGUGCACCUGCUCCGCGGCCGACGUCCAGGCGGCCUUCAGCACCAUCGUCUCACGGAUACAGAGAUACUGCAACUGCAACUCCCAGCCGCCGGCACCGGUGAAGAUCGCGGUGGCCGGGGCGCAGCACUACCUCAGCGCCGUGCUGCGGCUCUUCGUGGAGCAGCUGUCCCACAAGACACCCGACUGGCUGGGCUACAUGCGCUUCCUGGUCAUCCCUCUGGGUUCCCACCCCGUGGCCAGGUACCUGGGCUCCGUGGAUUACCGCUACAACAACUUCUUCCAGGACCUGGCCUGGCGGGACCUGUUCAACAAGCUGGAGGCCCAAAGCGCCGUGCAGGACACGCUGGAUGUCGUGUCGAGAGUCACACAGUACAUCGCGGGGGCCAACUGUGCCCACCAGCUGCCUAUUGCGGAGGCCAUGCUCACCUACAAGCAGAAGAGGAAAAAGAACUUCCAUUUUGACUUUACCCUCAGCCCCGACGAGGAAUCCUCACAGAAGUUCAUUCCCUUCGUGGGGGUGGUGAAGGUUGGGAUAGUGGAGCCGUCCUCGGCCACAUCAGGAGACUCGGACGAUGCGGCCCCCUCGGGCUCCAGCGUGCUUUCGUCCACCCCGCCGUCCACGUCUCCAGCCACCAAGGAAGCCUCUCCCACCCCACCCUCCUCCCCGUCAGUGAGUGGGGGCCUGUCCUCCCCCAGCCAGGGCGUCGGCGCUGAGCUGAUGGGGCUGCAGGUGGAUUACUGGACGGCAGCCCAGCCCGCAGACAGGAAGAGAGAUGCGGAGAAGAAAGACCUGCCUACCACCAAAAACACGCUCAAGUGCACCUUCCGGUCUCUCCAGGUCAGCAGGCUGCCCAGCAGUGGCGAGGCCGCAGCCACACCCACCAUGUCCAUGACCGUGGUCACCAAGGAGAAGAACAAGAAGGUGAUGUUUUUGCCCAAGAAAACCAAGGACAAAGAGGUGGAGUCCAAAAGCCAGUGCAUCGAGGGCAUCAGCCGCCUGAUCUGCACGGCCAAGCACCAGCAGAACAUGCUGCGGGUCCUCAUCGACGGUGUGGAGUGGAACGACGUGAAGUUCUUCCAGCUGGCAGCCCAGUGGUCCUCCCACGUCAAGCACUUCCCCAUCUGCAUCUUCGGACACUCCAAGUCCACCUUCUAGCCCUGCCCGUCGCCCUGCCAUGACCGAGCCCAGGAAGGCCCAGCUGCUUUUCUGUUAACAUUUCAGUUUACUACAGAGACAGACCCUGGAAGCACGGAGAAACCGUCUUAAGUGCGAAUGUGCUCACAACCUGGAAACUAACGGGGUGGCCCCCUCUGGGAGCCCCCAAUUGCUCUGCUUAUUAACCAGAACACUCUGGUGGGUGGGAGGUCAGGUGGGCAAUGUUGAGCUGGAGAAUCAUGGAAGGUGUGUUUCGGCCUCAGGACCCCCAAGACCCCCAGCGAGAAGGGUUCUCACCUUCUCAACCUGCCCUUCCUGGAAGCCAGGACUCUGCUUCCCCGGGAACCAGCUUUGCGUGUGCCCAGACUCAGAGCUGGGGGGCCAGAGGCCAAGGGCUGGCCUCCCUUUGGGGCAUCCUGAGCAGAGCACAGAGGCCAGUCAGCCCAGCCCUGGGCCCCAGCUGCCCACCAGCCAAGUGGCCCCAGCACCACCCACUCGUGGUUCCCAAUAAACUCCAGCCUCUCAGGGCAGCGGAGGUUUUAUAGGAGCAGA